CUUCCGCUAACACGCAAUUCACAAAUCACAAAUCACAAAUCACAAAUCACAAAGGUCUUUUCAUUUCUGCUGAUUAUCCUCUUCAGCCGCCAUGGAAUCGGAGGCUGUCUUGAACCUCUUUGAUUCUUGCUGGUUUGAGGUUAACAUUUUGAAGACAAAUUCAAGUCCUCACAUAUCAAUUACAAGUUAUAACGAAAGUUUAGAUUAUGAGAUAAAAGAAGAAGAAGAAGAAGAAGAAGAACCAAAGCUACCCUUGAUCCGAACCAGCCACACCAGAUCCAUGAGUGACCAAUUAUCCAUGAUAACGACAAGCUUCAACCAUGAUUCUCUGUCACCAGACUCAGUGCUUCUUCUCCAUCCAAAGCUCCAAAUCAUACUCUCAGGAAAAGAAGCCACUGACUCAGAAUCUGAUGAGGUGUUGUGUCCCAAGAAGAACAAAAAAAUCUCAAGCAAUGGAACUAGGAAGAGGAGGGAGAGCAAGAGUUUGUCAGACCUUGAAUUUGAGGAGCUAAAAGGGUUCAUGGAUCUGGGUUUUGUUUUCUCAGAGGAGGAUAAAGACUCAAGCUUGGCUUCAAUUAUUCCUGGGUUGCAAAGGCUAGGGAAAAAGGAAGAGGAAAAAGAAGAAGAUGAUGAUUGUGAUGAGAUAAGUGUUCCAAGGCCUUACCUUUCUGAAGCAUGGGAGGUUCAGGAAUGUGAUAGGAGAAAAAAAGAGAACCCUUUGGUGAAUUGGAAAAUGCCUGCUAUCAACAAUGAAACUGACAUGAAAGAAAGUCUCAGAUGGUGGGCUCACACUGUUGCUUCCACUGUCAGAUGAUGAUGAACUUCUUCAUAAUCCAAAAAUUUUCUUCUUUUUCUUUCGUUUCAUAUAUACAUUUUCCUUGUUCUUUUUUCAAUUUUUCUAUGUAUUUAUUCCCUUUUCUAAAAUUUUUUCUGGAAUCUGGCAUUCCACAAAAUUUGUUACAUGUAAUUUUAGAUAAAAAGAGAGGAAAUUUCAUUUUGCAUUUCAGAUUUA